UCGGGAUCCCACGCGAACAAAAGAUAACGAACAGUCAUUCAUACGCGCGUUCCAGUCGCUGGGGCUUGUGGAUGCUGUCAGGCCAUCUCAGACACCGAAAGGUAUGUGAGGCGGUUUUUGGUAAAGCAGAGCCUCCAUGUUUUUGGGAAGCGUUUGUAUCUUCGGAAACUUUCUUUUUCAAAACAGUCUCUUCAUGCUUACAGUCGGGAAACGCGCAGAAUCACGGCAUCUUGGCCCUCUCACUCUCAAGAGAUCCGCUGCCUUGGCACAGCAGUGAAUUUCUUCGCGGCGGGCACCCGCAGCCUGAGUUUUCUUCAGAUUUGUCUUUUUUUUAUCUCGAAUAAGUGUAGAACCGGGCGUUUUGCGCGAUAUUUCCUCUUCCCAAUUGACAUCGUCUGCUACCGGGGAAGCACUAGAGAGGAUCAUGGAGUCUUCUGGAGCGUCGCGAGCGCGGCGGUCCCGCAGCCGCUCUGGCAGCGUCGGCCAGAGCAAUGGAAGAAGCUCGAGCAAAGAAGGGAAAAAGGACUCGAAAUCCCGAAGAUCUCGAAGUCCAGACUCGGGGCGACACAGACGCAGCAGGUCCGGCAGCACCGAGCGCCAGAAGACGCGGAGAAGCAAGUGGGACAGCAAGGUUUCGCCCUCGGCCUCCGCCUCGGCUUCGCCACCUGCGGGUGCGGCUCCGCCGACGUGCUCUUCGCUGGGCUUCGUCAUGCCCACUGUGAAAGACACACCGACGGUGUACUUGACGCCGCUUGUCCUCGGCGCAGCUCAAGACCAGGUAGCCGCUGCGACGGCCACCGCAGCGGCCAUCAGCAGCACGCUGAACAGUCGCCUGCAGCCGCCGCCGCCUUCCGCGCCGCCGCCAGCCUCAGGUGUCGGGGCGGCUGCUUCCGCGCCCGUCGCUAGCGCCCUGCAGAGCGCCGUGGCUGCGGCGCAGAGUCUCGGAUCCACGCGAGGGCACGACACAGAAUUCGAUCGCAAACAGAAACGCCUCUACGUCGGCAACCUGCCUCCUGGGUCAACUCAGCCGGACGUUGUCGGCUUCUUCAAUGGAGCGCUGCUGGCGGUCAAUGCGCAGACUGGCUUCGUCAAAGAGGACGAAGCGACUGCCGGAGAGCAGCUUCUCCCAGUUGAGCGUUGCGAAGUCUUCAACGAGUCUUCCCGGUUCUGCUUCAUUGAACUGCGAAACGAGCAGUACGCUAUUCUCUGCGUCAAACUCGACGGCAUCACUUACAACGGGUACUCUCUGCGCGUUGGAAGGCCGCACGAUUACGUGCCUCCACCUGGAGGAGACCCCGCGCACCAGGCUUACAUUCCUCUUCUGGACGACGCAAAGAAGGUGAAAAGGGAAGAGAAGAGAGAGAAGCCCAGUCGCCCGGAGACAGGCCCAAACAACAAAAUUUAUAUCCAGAACCUUCCUCCGGAAAUGGGCGAAGAACAGGUCCGCGAUCUUUUGGAGCAAUUCGGGACACUCCGAGUGUUGAAUUUGAUUAGGAACGUGCAGACCGGACAACACAAGGGCUACGGUUUCUUCGAGUAUGAGGACCCCGAAGUGACAGAUCAGGCAAUCCUGGCUCUCAAUGGCUUCGUCUGCGGCGCGAACAUGCUCAGUGUCCAGCGAGCCAACUUCUCAGGAUCUGUCGUAACCAGAGAAACGAAUCGAACCAUGGCGGUAACAAGCUUGCCCAACUCGAUGACGCAGAAGCUUCUCUCUGAUCCUCUCGUCGCAGUUCAGGUCCAAGCGGCGCGGAAAAUUGGCGAGCGCCCCUCGAAGGUGGUCCAGCUCUUGAACUGUGUUUAUCAGGAAGACCUGAUUGACCCGAAAGAGUACGAGGCCAUUUGCGACGAUAUAAAACAGGAAGCCGAAAAACACGGCGCUCUCGAGGAAGUGCUUGUACCAAAGCCUAACGAAGAUCUGUCCUACCGCGAAGGUGUUGGCAAGGUCUUUUUGCGAUACAGCGACGUCACCGCCGCGCGGAAGGCUCAACUCAUGUUGAACGGGAGGCGGUUCGACUCGAAUCGCGUGGUGUGUGCCGCCUUUUUCCCGGAGGAGAAAUUCGCGGCGGGUCGUUACACGCUCACAUGACCGAAAGUGCAGUUGUUCUACCGUUUUAGAACCUCACAAUGUUGUUUGUUUCUACUGUUGCGUCCACCCCUCUAACUUCUCUUUGCUGAAUGCCGAUUUCUGAUGACUGGAUGCACAGCAGCAGUCCGUCCCCCCGCGAGCCAGACGAUUGACACACGUUCUAGGUCUAGUCACGAGAUAGUUAGACCUCAAAUGCCCACGUCUUCCAUCUUAGGCCGCGUCUCUAUCAAGAGAAAUGCACAGGCGAAGGAUUCGUUGCUCCCCUGCCGGCUGCACAUAUACACAGCGGAUUGCAC